AUGCUGUCCGGCGACAUCCCCCCGAACCAGACCAUCUACCUCAACAACCUCAACGAGAAGGUCAAGAAAGAAGAGUUGAAGAGAUCGCUGUAUGCCCUGUGCUCACAGUAUGGAAGGAUACUGGAUGUGGUGGCCCUGAAAACUCAAAAAUUGAGGGGCAAGCAUGGGUGGUGUUUAGCGAAAUUACAGCUGCUACCAAUGCUUUCCGUGGAUUGCAAGACUUUGAUUUAUACGGCAAAAAAAUGCGAGUACAAUAUGCAAAAACAAAAUCAGAUUGUAUUGCAAAAGAAGAUGGUACUUAUGCUCCUAAGGAGAAAAGGAAGAAGCAAGAGGAGAAAGCUGCUGAGAAAAAGCGAUUUAGUAGAAGAGGCACAACAAGCUGGCCCCAAUGCUUCUGCUGCCCAAAGCAAUGGAACUGGCUAUCAAGCAUCUCGUCUGGGCAAGGUUUCACAAGAGCCACCUGCUCCUCCGAACAACAUCCUCUUCAUCCAGAACUUGCCAGACCAGACCACGAGCAUGAUGCUCCAGAUCCUGUUCCAGCAGUACCCUGGCUUCAGGGAAGUCCGGAUGAUCGAAGCCAAACCAGGCAUUGCUUUUGUGGAGUUCGAGGACGACGGCCAGUCCAUGGUCGCGAUGCAGGCUCUCCAAGGCUUCAAGAUCACCCCAGAGAACCCCAUGGCUAUAUCCUAUGCCAAAAAAUGA